AUUUGUGAUUUCUUGUACAAAUAGUUUGGUAUAUGUUGUGCUAAUUUACUUUGUGGAUUUUAAAAUCUUAAUAUCGUUUUAUAUAAUAGUUGACAAGUGUCUCAAAAUUAACGUAAAGAAACAAGAGAAUCAGAAACAGAUUAGAAAAAUCAUCUUUAACAAGAUGAAUCAUAUUUUUCCAAGCAGGUUAAAGGUGUACCGGUAACAUGUAAAUUAGUUCAUUACGGCCAGUAUAACUCAUUUGAAAAGUCCAUACAUAACAGGACACGGGGUUCGCUGAGUCAAUUAAUAGGUUAAUCGUAGUUCAUGUAGUACGUACUUAAGAUGUAAUGCACGCAAGUGGGGUGACUCCAGACCUUAAUUAAUCAGCCGGUGUCGUGUGACCACACCGUCCACGUUACCUACAAUAUUGAUAAUGGCACACUUUGUAUUAAUCGCAUUGUACUCGGGCGUAUUAAGCACAUUAGCUGCCAACGUCAACUUUUGUCAGAAUUUGAACCCGACUCAUGAUUUUGAUGAGGAAGCGGUACUGGGCAUGUGGUACGUGCACGAGUACGUAUAUCACAAGGAAAACGUGACGAAAACUGAUUCCAACCCGUACUGUCCUAUCAUACAGUUGAGAAAGUUUGAAGAUUAUGUGGAAGGUGGCCUGCUCACUCACAACUUACCAACUCCGCCGACCCCGUACCCUCACCUGACCAACACGCCGUACGUGCACCGGCCAUACACCAUGCAGGAGCCGUACCGCAUCCGACACUUUGUGCUGGAGUGGCACGAGGGGCUCUGGCAGGACGACUACCACAUCAAGGUCAACACUUCACACAAAGGCUUCUGGGCGACUGAUGUUCCAAAUAGAUCUGUCGGUGACAUGUAUCGUUUCUUCGGAGGUGUGAUUCAAGUAUUGAAGGUCGCAAACAACCACCUGGUGCUAAACUUCUGCAUGAGGCUGCCGAACUCACAGCUGUUCAGCGUCGUGCUGUCCAGAAACGAGAACCAGCUGACGCCCGAGGACCUGGCCAGCAUUCACAACGUGUUUACCAUGAAACACCUCUCCACAUCUGCGCUCAAGAGAGUUUGCGAGAAUUCUGCCAACAAGAGCACGAUAUCAAUGUUAUUAUUCUUCAUCGUAUCUUACGCAAUUUGGGGUUCUCGAAUUUAAACCUUUUAGACUCAAAUGUUUGUACGAUAUUUGCUAUAUUUUUGUAUGAGAAAUGAGAAUAAAAUAUUUAAUUAUUUA